AUGCCUCACACCCUCGACGCGCCUGCCCCAGCGAUGGCCUCCCUACUCACCGAUCUUUCUGAUGAAGAUAUUGCACGCCUAUGCCAUGAAAGCCGUCAACCGGACGCUAUACAAUACGGACGCUGCUUGAAACGAAUAUCCGAUGAUGUGAUUUCCAAAUUCGGGUGGACCGUGACUGCAGACGAAGCAGCGAAUCAACAAUAUGCUCAUGCUCUUUCACGCGAUACUAGUAUCAAGGUACCAGAGGUCUACCGGGCUUUUUAA